CGACUAGCGGCACUUAGUGCCGUGUCGAUCGCGGUUCGGUGAAGAUCUUCGUGUAGUGCACUAUGUGGUUCCGUUUGGGAGGUGGUGAUGUUUUGGCGCUCGGCUGCCUAGUAGUGACCCUGGUUGCGGUUGGUGGACAACAGGAGGCACAAGAUGAUGUCGAACUGGCAGCCCUGAACUAUGUCAACGAGCUGGAACAGGAAGUGCUGACAAGGAACAACGAAGCUACCGAGGCAUCCUGGGCGUACGAAUCCGAUAUCAACGAGGACAAUCUGAAACUGCGGAACGAGGUGCAAACGCGGAAUGCCAACUACUUUAAGGAAGUUGCACGCGAGCUACGGAAAUUCGAUUUCAACAACUUCAAGGAUGCGGAACUGAAGCGAAAAAUUGAAAAGCUAACACAGCUGGGCUAUGCUGCGCUGUCGGAGGAAAAGUUCAAACAGUUGCUGGAUGCCAUUUCCGGCAUGUCGGAAAAUUACGCCACGGUAAAGGUGUGUGAUUUUAAGAACCGGGAUAAAUGUGAUCUUUCGCUUGAACCGGAGCUGACGGAGAUUUUGGCUACCAGCCGGGAUCCGGAAGAGUUGAAAUACUACUGGGUUCAGUGGUACGACAAGGCCGGUGCACCGACUAGGAAAAACUUUGACACGUAUGUUGCACUGAACGGGGAGGCAGCACAGUUGAACAACUUCACAUCCGGAGCGGAAGCAUGGUUGGAUGCGUACGAAGACGACACUUUCGAAGCUCAGGUUGAUGCAGCUAUUGAAGAAAUUCACCCACUUUACGAACAGAUUCACGCCUACGUACGGUACCAGCUUCGCCAGCGAUAUGGCGAUGAAGUAGUCCCCGAGAAGAGUCCCAUUCCGAUGCACUUGCUGGGCAAUAUGUGGGCGCAGACCUGGGAUAAUGUGGCAGAUAUAACAACUCCAUUCCCCAAAAGUCGUCUAUUGGACGUCACAGAUGAGAUGGUUGCCCAGGGUUAUGAUGCCCUCAAGAUGUUCCACAUGGGUGAUGAGUUCUUCGUUUCCCUCAAUAUGACCAAACUACCUCAAACAUUCUGGGACAAAAGUAUCCUGGAAAAACCAACCGAUGGUCGUGAGCUCGUAUGUCACGCUAGUGCCUGGGAUUUCUACAAGACUGACGACGUUCGCAUCAAGCAGUGUACCCGAAUUACUAUGGAAGAUUUCUUCACUGUUCAUCACGAAUUAGGUCACAUUCAGUACUACCUCCAGUAUCAACAUCAACCUAGUGUCUAUCGAGAAGGUGCUAAUCCUGGCUUCCACGAAGCCGUUGGAGAUGUGCUCUCGCUGUCGGUUUCUACUCCCAAACAUUUGGAGAGAGUUGGCCUUCUGAAAGACUUCGUUCUGGAUGAUGAUGCUAAGGUGAACCAAUUCUAUCGGUCCGGUCUUGGAAAACUCGUCUUUCUUCCGUUCGCCUACACCAUCGACAAGUACCGGUGGGGAAUCUUCCGUGGUGAAAUCAAACCGGAAGAGUACAACUGCAAAUUCUGGGAGAUGCGUGCCAAAUUUUCCGGCAUCGAACCACCUGUAGUGCGCAGCGAGCAGGACUUUGAUGCCCCGGCCAAGUAUCACGUUUCGGCGGACGUUGAAUAUCUGCGCUAUCUGGUGUCGUACAUUGUACAGUUUCAGUUCCAUCGAUCGGCAUGUGAACUGGCCGGUGAAUAUGUGAAGGGUCAUCCCGAGAAGACGCUGAACAACUGUGACAUCUACCAGAGUGUAAACGCCGGUAAUGCCAUCAAGGAAAUGCUUGCCAUGGGAUCCUCAAAACCCUGGCCAGAUGCAAUGGAAGUGUUGACCGGACAGAGAAAGAUGAGUGCUGAUGCGCUGCUGGAGUACUUCCAACCGUUGUACGAUUGGCUGGUGGUGGAAAACAAACGACUCGGUGCCUACGUUGGCUGGGAGCAGUCUGAUAAGUGCAAAUCGAAAUAGGACCCAGUCGGAAAUCAUUAUCACCUCUUAUUGCCUCACAACAGAAGAUUACAUUUAAAUAAAUGAAGUUGAUCGAA